AUAAGAACGGCACCACAUUCCCAAACAAGAGGAGAGCGCAAACUGACCCUAGCAUUCCAGUCCAUCAAUCGAAGACCUGUGCAUAUACCACACAAUGGCUACGCCCCGACUCCUCCUCCGCCGCUGCACCCCCGCAGUGCGCUUCACCAUCCCCCGCACCGCUUCCACCAACUCCUUGUUGACUCCAGCAACCACAAUCCGACUGUCCUCGUCCUCUUCCUCUGCCCCAGCUAAGACUCCCAGCGCACAAUCCCUCAUCUCUCUUGCCCAGAACCGCCGCACGGUCUACCAACUGGGCCGCAACCACUCCGUCCCCGACGCCCAGAUCGAGGAGCUCGUGCAGCAAGCCAUCCUGCACGUCCCGAGUGCCUUCAACACGCAAUCCACCCGCGUGGUCGUCGUCCUGCACAAGGAGCACGAGCGGCUGUGGGACCUCGUGAUCGGCGUCUUCCAGAACCUGGUCAAGACGGGCGCAGUGCCCGAGCAGGUGUGGAAGAAUCAAACCUUGCCCAAGCUGGAGGGAUUCAAAGCUGCGGUUGGGACGGUCCUCUUCUACGAAGAUCCGGCGCACAUCAAGCCAUUUUCCGAGAAGUUUGCGCUCUACAAAGAUCAGUUUGAACCAUGGGCCCAACAUUCGAAUGCUAUGCAUCAGUAUUUCUUGUGGACUGGUCUAGAGGCUCUGGGGUUCGGCGCCAACCUGCAGCACUAUAAUCCCCUGAUCGAUGCCCCGGUGGCGGAGGCGUGGAAUGUGCCUAAGGAGUGGAAGCUGAGUGCACAGUUGGUGUUUGGCAGCCCCGAGGGAGCGCCGGGGCCGAAAGAGCAGAAGCCUGUCGACGAGAGGGUUAAGGUCUAUGGAAAAUUGUAAAUGGUCGGGGAUAUCAUGGUGGCUUACAACCGGAAAGGGGGGCAUACUGUACGGUAGGACUUGGUUCCCGUGAUAGAGUAGAUAGAUGU